UUUAAAAAAAGAAAGAAUUGUAUUAGAAAUUUAACUAAAAUGCAUGAAAACUUUAUUUUGGCUUCAAAUAGGCUAGCUAAAAAGAACAAAAAUCAAAUUCCAAUAAAAUGCUUUGAUUGCAAUAUGCAUGCUACGCGUUUACAUAUUUGUUUAUCAUGCGUUUAUAUAGGAUGCUACAAUAAAAAUCAUCACAUACAUAAACACAUCCAAAACACAGCUCACAUACUUGCUAUGGAUGCUGAAUAUGGAAUUAUUUAUUGUUCAAAAUGUAACGAUUAUAUUUAUGACCCCUUGAAUGAACAAAUACUUUUAAAGGCUUAUAUCAAUCUUGGGAACUCUAUAGAUUCUCUAUCAUUGUUUUUUCCAUGGAUUCCUAAUCAAAAAGAAUUGAACUUACUGAACAAUUUUUGUUGUAACAACGAUCCUAAUGAAUCGAUAAUCAAUACCAAUACUAGCCAAACAACCUAUAAUAAUAUCAAGAAACGUAAAUACACAUCCGAAUAUAAAAUGAAUUUGCCUUUAGUUAAUUUCGAUCAUUCCACCUUCAACAGUUCUAGUUUGGGUCUUAGAGGUCUUAUUAAUUUAGGAAACACUUGUUUUAUGAACUGUAUUCUGCAAGCAUUUAUUCAUGUCCCGGUUUUCAAAUGCUAUUUUCUCAACGAUUUGCACUCAUGUAAAAUGCCAGAUGCAAAAGAAUGCUUGCUUUGUGAAUUGGCUUCACUUUUCCAAGAAUUCUACUCUCUCCAUCCUUCUUCAACUUUUGUGGAUUCCUUGUCCUCUCCUAUUGGUCAACCAUGCUACGCGCCCUCCGAGAAAUUAGCCAAUCAUAGCAAUAUACAAAAUCCAACAAUUAAUCAAAGUGCUUCUGCUUAUUACUGCAGUGAUCCUGGUCGACGUGUGGCACAUGCACCAAACAGAUUUUUGCACCUGGUUUGGAGCAAUGCGCGCCAUCUGUCAGGAUACGAACAGCAAGACGCCCAUGAGUUCUUUAUUGCCGCUCUCGAUGUGCUUCAUAGACAUGCUCGAGGUAUUCAAGAAGAUUCUUUGCAAAUUUCCCCUUUGAGUAAUCCCCGCAUACCUUCCAUGUCACAUGUAACUGGCUUGACCAAUCACAUUACUCCAUUCUUAACUAAGGAAAAUUCAAAUGGUUUGACUAAUGAAAAUUGCAAUUGCAUAAUAGACCAGAUAUUUACUGGAAGUCUCCAAUCGGAUGUCACAUGUCAAAAUUGCAAAAGCAUUUCAACUACCAUAGACCCAUUUUGGGACAUUUCUCUAGACCUAGGCGAGAUCAAUUCAACUUAUCAAGAAUACAAAGCGAAUAAUCUUUUGAAAGAUGGGAAACCAAACAGUUCCUCAAAUGCUGGUUACGGUCCAUAUUCACAAGAUACCAAUAUUAAAUUCAAUCAGUUCGAUACAUCUUCACUUGAAAAAUGCUUAUUGAGGUUCACUUGCAGAGAAAAUCUGGGUAGUCAAUCUAAAAUCAAAUGUUCCAACUGCAAAACUUAUCAAGAGUCCACCAAGCAACUCACCAUGAGAAAAUUGCCCAUUGUAGCUUGCUUCCAUUUAAAAAGGUUCGAGCACAGCAUUCAAAAUCACAAGAAAAUCUCUAAAUUUGUAUCUUUUCCAGAGGAACUUGAUAUGACUCCAUUUUUAGCGUCCUGUAAAGAUGGCGUUAUUGAUUCCAGGAUCGAUAUAGCUUCUAACAAAUACCUCUUAUUCGCUGUUGUAAACCAUAUAGGGAAUCUCGACUCUGGCCAUUACGCUUGCUACGUUAAAAAUAAUCAUUCCACUCCUUCCUUCAAUCAUUCCACGUCGCAAAAUGACAAUAGCCACAAAGCAAAUGACGAUGAUAAAUGGUUUAAAUGCAAUGAUCAUUGUAUUACACCGGCUAGUCUUAAGGAGGUGCUAGGGAGUGAAGGAUACCUACUCUUUUACCAAAAAAUAUAUUUGCAUUACAAAGAAGAGGAAGAAACGAUUGAAUAGAAAUUAUUUUAUUACUUAAGGAACAUAUAAUUUAAUAUCAUUAUCGUCACAUAUGGUUUUUUUCCCCCAUUUUUGGUAGAAAAAUUUAAAUAUUUCUGCCAUAAUGUUAAUUAUUUAUGGGCCAAAGUUUACAUUAAAAUUAGGAAAAUUAUAAUUUCA